UACCGAUCGGGUAGCGACAAUCCUGUCGCUCCCCGGUCGUACACCCGCAGUGUUCACGUUUCUAGCAACUAUGGCCGGAGCCGAAGAGAUGAAUAAGUAUCGCUCACCUCUGGUGUCCAGAUACGCCAGCAAAGAAAUGAGCUACAACUUCAGCGACAAAAAGAAAUUCACCACUUGGAGGAAGCUGUGGAUUUAUCUCGCCAAAGCUGAAAAGGCUCUGGGUCUGCCCAUCACUGAUGCUCAGAUUGCAGAGAUGGAGAGCCAUGCAGAGGACAUUGACUUUGCCAUGGCGGCUGAAGAAGAGCGAAAGCUGAGGCACGAUGUCAUGGCGCACGUCCACACCUUUGCACACUGCUGCCCCACAGCUGCUCCCAUCAUCCACCUCGGAGCUACGUCAUGCUAUGUGGGAGACAAUACUGAUCUCAUUGCAUUGCGUGAUGGCUUCAACAUCCUCUUGCCCAAGCUGGCCAGAGUCAUCGACCGGCUGGCAAACUUUGCAGAGGAAUACGCUGACCUCCCCACGCUCGGCUUUACACACUUCCAGCCUGCCCAGUUGACCACAGUGGGGAAGCGAGCGUGUCUGUGGCUGCAGGAUUUGGUGAUGGAUGUGAGGAACCUGGAGCGAGCCCGCGAUGAUCUUCGUUUCCGUGGAGUCAAGGGGACCACAGGCACCCAGGCCAGCUUCCUGCAGCUCUUUCAGGGGGACCAUGACAAGGUGGAAGAGCUUGACAAGAUGGUGACAGAGAUGGCUGGCUUUAAGAAAGCCUACCUGGUGACCGGACAGACGUACAGUCGUAAAGUGGACAUAGACUGCAUGUCCACCCUCGCUAGUUUGGGAGCUUCUGUGCACAAGAUCUGCACAGACAUCCGCCUGCUGGCCAACCUAAAAGAGAUUGAGGAACCUUUUGAGAAGGAGCAGAUUGGUUCCAGUGCUAUGCCCUACAAGAGGAACCCCAUGCGUGCAGAACGCUGCUGUAGCUUGGCCCGACAUCUGAUAGCAUUGAUGGACGACCCUCUGCAGACUGCCUCAGUGCAGUGGCUGGAGAGGACUCUGGAUGACAGCGCCAACAGGAGGAUCUCCCUGCCCGAGUCCUUCCUGACAGCAGACAUCAUCCUCAGCACGCUGCAGAACAUCACAGAGGGUCUUGUGGUCUACCCCAAAGUCAUCGAGAGACACAUCCGCCACGAGCUGCCCUUCAUGGCCACAGAGAACAUUAUUAUGGCGAUAGUGAAGGCAGGAGGCAACAGACAGGAGUGCCACGAGAAGAUCCGUGUUCUGUCCCAAGAGGCAGCAGCUGUGGUUAAACAGGAAGGUGGAGACAAUGACCUGCUGGCCAGAAUCCAGCGAGACCCCUACUUUGCACCCAUUCUAGGGCAGCUGGAUGCUUUGCUGGACCCCAAGACCUUUAUUGGGCGUGCUCCACAGCAGGUGAAAACGUUCCUGGCUGAAGAAGUACGCCCCCUACUGGAGCCGUAUAAGGCCAAUAUGGAUGUCAAGGUUGAGCUCGUGCUUUAAAACAUCAGUGAUGUCUUUAGCUGGUUUUAUGGUCGAGCAGAGUUUGCAGUCCACUCCACUCUAGGGACUGACUGUCUGUGUGCCUGGAGUGAGCUCUGUUGUCAGAUGGAGGCAGCGCACAAAGUGUGUGGUACAACCAGUGUGUGGGCCGCUCUCGCUUGUACUGUUGUUGGUCAACCAGCCACGGUGGAGAGUGAAGUUAUAACAGAUGAGACGAAGCGGGAGUGUUACAAACAGUAAAAUGUCCACUGCAGCCACUGUCUGUGUUUUGUUUUUCUCUUUUUAUCUUUGAAGUGAGUAAUGCUGAGACCAGCAUUACUCACACUGACACGGAAGAACAGUGUAGGUGGUGGCAUAGUGGAGUUUAAUAGAAGCUUGUUUCCACCAUUGGGGGGGGGGUUGCUAUCCAUAACAUGAAAUUUCAAGUUAUGUAUUUCAAAAUUUCAACCUUAUGAGCUAAAAUUUAGUCAAUCAGGAAGCUCUGUGAAGGUAUGUCUUUUUUUUUUUUCUUUUUUCUUUUUGGUUACCGGGAAGAAGAAGGUGAAAGCCAUCAGCUGCACAAUGCUCCAGCUGCGGGUCAUUAAUGAGCUAACCGCUGUGGAUUUUCACUGUGGAUUUACAACUGAUGAAAUCUUGUGUUACUAGAUGAAUCACAUGACAUUAUCAGCACAACAGUAAUUUGUUCUUGUUGACUGUACAUUGAUAUCCAACUGGUGCUAUUGCAACGUGCCUGUCACUGCCAGUGCCUGCCGUAACAAGGAAAUGAUGUCAUUUGUGAUUCUUCUUAAUUGGAAAAACUUGAAAUUUCAAAAUUCUUAAAAUUUUGAGUUACUUUUACUCAAAUUUGUCUCACUAACUUGAAAAUUCGGCUUAUGGAUAGAUUUUUCUUCCUUCUCUCGGUGAUGGAAACAAGCUUCCAUAGUGUUUUCAUGGUGAUGUCAUGAAUUCAUUGGUUCAUCAGUAUUUAAUUUGUCAUUGACGCAGUAUUAUUGUUUGCUUGAAAUAAAUAAAACAUGAAUGAUAAAA